AUGUCAGAACUUGCGGUGUACUUCAGGGAGCUAGAUCAGCUCGAUGGCAGGGGACCCAUGAUGUCAACGCUUCCUCUUCCCCCAGGUGCGGCUGCUGUGUAG